GAAGAAGAAGACGAAGAAGAAGCAGCUCUUCUUCAGGCAUCAAUGUCUUCCCCAGAAGAAGAACAGUCGGCUGCCGUGUCGUCUGCUCUGUCGUCUGCGCUGUCGUCUGCCCUGUCGUCUGCGCUGUCGUCUGCGUUGUCUGCGGCCGUGUCGGCUGCCAUGGCGGUGGACUCGAAGGCGGAUCUCGCCGCGCUGCUGGACGAAUGGGAGGAGGCGCAGCAGGGAACCACGGAGCAGCUGGUGUCCAUCCUCACUAAAAUGUCUGAGCUGAUUGAACGAGAGACAGGAGAGUACCACAAAGCGGAUCCUGAUCCGUUUGACGACCGUCAUCCAGGUCCUCCUCAUCUCUUCUUAUAAAGAAG